GAGGAUGUGGCCAAUAUGAUAUUUGAGUUGCUUAAAAAUGACAAAAAUGUAGACGAUCUAGAUGAGAUAAAUAUUGGAAAAAUAUUGUUCAAUUUGACAUAUGCAAUAGUUAAUGUUUUUGGCAAAGUGGCUAUAGAGGAUAUUCCUGGGCAGAAAGCUUCUAAACAAAAUGUCUUAGCGUUUAGAGAUUGCUGUUCAAAGCUCAAUCAAGAAUUUGCUAUUGCAGUAAUUAAUAUGAUGGUUGAUCUUAUAAUCACAACCACCUCUCUUACUAGUGGAGAAAUUCAAUCCCGAAUGGAAGCCCAGUCUAAACAAAUUAAUAAUGUGCAAAUGUUAGAUGAUAAUACUGAGGAUAAUAAUGUUGAGCAACACUCAGAAGAAUACAAAAGUCAUUUUGAUCAUUAUUCUGAUAUUUCACAUCCUGUAACGUCCACCAGCUUGGUAUUUGUUGUGUCUUGCCCUUUUGGUGUCGCUAUUGUAUUCAUACUUAAUCGCUAA